CACUGUAAUUUAGCAUUCGAACCUUCCGUUCCCACAAAUUGAUCCCGAAAGGUGAAGAAAGGACAAGUAUAAAUAUAAAAGAAAUAAGCUUUUGCAUAAAAACCCAAGAGCGUGAUCAUCAUUCUUAUGAGAUUUUCUUCGCAAUUCAAGAACCAAAUUGGCAAAAUUUUGGUUAUACGUAACAUUUAACAACUGCCCAGUUGAUCAAAGUGGGCAACUAAUUCCUAAAUGCCAGCGACCCAAAACUUAAAAGAGCAACAUGUUGCUGUCUUGGCAUUUCCGUUUGGCAGUCACGAUCUAACCAUCUUAAGCCUGACGUGCAGGUUGGCUUGUGCAGCUCCAAAUGUGCAGUUUUCUUUCCUAAGCACUGCAAAAUCUAAUGAUUCCAUGUUUUCUACUUUUAAGCUUGAUGUUCCGAAUAAUAUCAGAGCCUAUAAUAUGGAGGAUGGCGUACCGAUGAAUCAUGUUUUUAGUGGAAACCCAGUGGAGAGAUUGGACCUCUUCCUUAUGGCAGCUCCUGGAAAUUUUAAAAAUGGCUUAGAUGUUGCAGUCUUGGAAACUGGUAGGAAUGUUAGCUGCUUAGUGACGGAUAUGUUCUUGACAUUUGCUGCAGAUAUAGCUAACGAUAUGCAGGUUCCUUGGAUCCCUCUUUGUGUUUCGAUCCCACACAAUCUCUCAGCCCAUAUUUACACUGAUCUCAUUCGCAGGCUUUUCGAUCAUGUUGGUGGUGACGAAAAUGGUGCAAAUUUCCAACACCAAACUUUGGAAGUUAUUCCAGGGUUAUCUGGAAUGUACGUUACAGAUUUAUCUGAUGAAAUAUUGCCUAGACAUUCAAGAGAAACAUUCUUUUCUUACAUGUUGAGUAGAAUUGUGUGUGUUUUGCCUCGAGCUACUGCCAUUGUCAUGAAUUUUUGCCAAGAACUUUAUCCUACCCCACUCCUAGAUGAUCUCAAGUCCAUGUUCCCAAAUUUGCUCAAUGUUGGUUUCCUAACGCAGGAACUACCCCCGCCUCCAUUACCACCAUCAGAUUCAGACGCGACAGGGUGUUUAUCAUGGUUAGACAAGCAAAGUUCGAAGUCUGUUGUGUAUAUUAGCUUUGGAACCGCGGCAAACCCACCAGUUGACGAGUUGAUAGCAUUGGCAGAGGCAGUUGAAGAGAGUCAAAUUCCAUUUCUCUGGUCUCUCAACGACAAUCAUAAGCACCAUUUACCGAAUGGGUUUCUUCAAAGGACAAGCAAGUUCGGGAAAAUCGUUUCGUGGGCACCCCAAACUCAUGUCUUGGGACAUGCUUCGACAGGCGUGUUUGUAACACAUUGUGGAGCAAAUUCGGUGUUUGAAAGCGUUGCAAAUGGAGUGCCAAUGAUCUGCAGACCAAUGUUUGGGGAUCAUUGGACGAUCAGACGUCUGGUGGAGGAAAUAUGGGAAAUUGGUGUCAGAGUUGAGAGGCUUAUAUUCACAAAGAGUGGAGUACUCAAGAGCUUGGAGCUAAUUUUGGGACAUGAACAAGGGAGGAAAAUGAGAGAAAGGAUUAGAGCACUAAGAGAGCUUGUCUUGAAAGCUGCAGAACCAAGUGGAAGUGCUUCACAAGACUUCAAAACUUUAGUAGAAACAAUCUUAAAUUCUUAA